AUGUGGGAGCUCCAGAUAAAGAGUGCAAAGACGGAGCUGGAGGCCGAGGAGCUGCUGCUGCGGAGCCUGCAGUAUCUGGAGCGAUACAUUUACCUCAUUCUGUUCAACGCCUACCUGCACCUGGAGAAGAAGGACUCUUGGGGGCGCUCUUUCACGCAGUGGAUGGAGCAGGUUGCAGCCCGAGCCGGAGUGUAUCGCAUCCUGGACCGGUUGGGAUUCUCCGAGUUCGAAAACCCCAGAGACACAGACUUGGCUCGACUGCGCCACCGGUGGCAGCGGCAGGAAGUGCGGCAGCUCCCGGUCCGAGGCCAGUUCAUAUGA